AUGUCGACUUUUUCAGAUGAAGGAUCGCAUCCGCGCGAGCGACACGAAACGAACGAUGAGGCUGUACCAUCAAGUCCGCUCCUCGAGUCGAGGUCAGCGUCGCCAGUUGGGUUGAGGGCAAGAUUGGGCUUGAGCGGCGUCGCUCGAAGGACUGUUGGUUUUGCGCUGCUUCUACUGACGGUGUUCCUAUGGACAAUGUACAACUUUAUCGCCAGUUAUAUGUUCUCUGACGAAACGUAUAACAAACCCUUCUUCGUCGUCUAUCUCAACACAUCUAUAUUCGCAAUUUCCUUGAUACCAAAGUUCUUCAACUACCUACGAAAAAGUGGGUUGCACGGACUGAAACACGAUGCGAACCGACUCUGGAUCGAUUAUAAGCAUGGCACAAAUUACUCGAAAUCCGCACAUCGAAGCGAAGACGAGCAGGCGACAGAGCGUUUGAUAGCGCAAGGAUACGGAAGCACGACAAACACCUCGUCUGAUGAGAAGCUGAGCUUCAAGGAUACUGCUGUUCUAAGCUUCGAGUUCUGCAUGCUUUGGUUCUCGGCAAAUUACUUCUCAUCCGCCUGUCUCGAACAUACCAGCGUCGCGAGCGUAACGAUUUUGACAUCUACGAGCAGUGUCUGGACACUCAUCUUCUGCUCCCUAUUCGGCAUUGAGCGCUUCUCUACAGCCAAGAUCAUGGGCGUAACAGCUUCACUCGCAGGCGUCAUUCUCAUCUCAACAGUGGAUCUAUCUGGAAAGUCUGAUGAGGACAGAGGAUCUUUCCCUCAUAAAUCAUUCGACCAGAUUGCUCUUGGAGAUGCGAUGGCGCUCUUGAGUGCUGUUAUCUAUGGUCUCUACGUGACGGUGAUGAAGCGCAAGGUUCCGAAUGAGGACAAGGUCGAUAUGCAGAUGUUCUUUGGGCUUGUUGGUGUUUUCAACGUGGUUCUCUUGUGGCCUCUCUUCUUUGUCUUGCAUUGGACGGGUAUCGAGCCUUUUGAACUCCCACCAAGCGGUACCAUCUGGGGUAUUAUUAUUUUCAAUGCGGUAUCGUCAUUCAUCAGCGAUAUCUCAUGGGCUCUCGCCCUCCUCAUGACAACACCGCUGGUGGUGACAGUUGGCCUAUCACUCACCAUCCCAUUAUCUCUGAUUGGAGAAAUUCUCCAAUACCAGCAAUAUUCAAGCUUCACCUACUGGGUUGGUGCUGUGGUUGUGUUCGUUUCAUUUAUCGUGGUUAGUCGCGAAAGCCAUGAUGAGGAGGAUUUCAAAAAGGACGAUGAUCUUGAGAGAUCGGUUGGGGUUUGA